AUUUUCUUUUUGGGAGUUUUGUUCGAAAACUGUAAAAUUCUAGUAAUUCGAGUGAAAAUUUUUAAACAAUUACAAUUGAGGCGGAAAUUUUAAAAUAUAAACCCACAAAACUUGCGUUUAAUAAGCGCGCUAAAAUACACAUUGAAUUGCAGCUGAAAAUUUGCAGCAAAGCAGUGUGUAAGUGAAAGAUUUAAUAACAAGCGACGCCAUCGCAUAAGUAACAGUGGUGUAGUGGGGAAUUAAAGGAACACAAAAAGAAAAUACGCAUACAUUUUCCAUUUGCCCAUUUCCAAAGACGACGUACGAAUCCAAAGUGACGCUUUCUACACGGCGCAGGUUCGAUUUGCAUUGAAAACGUUUGUGUGCUGCUGUUGCUGCUGUGGGUGCGGAAAGCGUGUGUGUUUGAUCAAGGUGAAGGGGAACCAAAAGUGCGAUAGACGACACACAAAUAACAUAUAUAGGAAAAUUGUAUUACCAGCUAACGCUCAAGUUGCACAAGACGAAUCAACAAAUAAAGCACAAGAGCAAAACAAAAGCAAGUGGAAAGUAAGAGCAUCGACAGCAUCACACAGACGACUACGUAGCAUUUAGCAGCCAAGCAACAAACAUUUACAGAAAUCGAAAGUCAUAACCAUGAGCUCGAUAUCAAAUGUGGAAAAUCUAUCGCCACAGACAAUACGUCAAGUGAUGAAGGAAAUGCAGCAGAUGAGCGAAACACCAUUGGAGGGCAUCAAAAUACAAAUAAAUGACGCUGAUGUAACUGACAUUCAAGCGCUAAUCGAAGGUCCUGCCGGCACACCAUACGCAGGUGGCGUUUUUCGUGUUAAGCUAACACUCGGAAAAGAUUUUCCGCAAUCACCGCCAAAAGCCUUUUUCCUUACAAAAAUCUUUCAUCCAAAUGUUGCGGCUAAUGGUGAAAUUUGCGUGAACACACUGAAGAAGGAUUGGAAACCCGAUUUGGGUAUUAAACAUAUAUUGCUCACCAUAAAAUGCCUUCUUAUUGUACCAAAUGCGGAAUCUGCGCUAAACGAGGAAGCUGGUAAAUUGCUAUUGGAACGUUAUGAUGAUUAUUCACAGCGUGCGAAAAUGAUGACUGAAAUACAUGCGCAGCCCGCAAAAGGUGCCGCUAGUGGUGAUGCGAAAGACGAUGAUGGUCCCUCCUCCAAAAAACAUGCUGUCGACAAAAAACUACAAGACAAGAAAAAAGAAAAGCUAAUCAAAGAGAAGAAGCGCAUGUUGAAGCGGUUAUGAGGCGGUAGUUGUAUGCAUUUGGAGCCUUUAUCAAGGACUGUAACACAACAGGUCACCUUAGCGUUCAAUUCUUAAAAUAAUUAACAAAAGCAAACUAAGCCAAAACAUCCAAGAAGCAUUAAGUGGCAAGUGCAAGUGGCGGCAGCAGCAUUAGCAAUUAUAAGUAAUACGCAACUGUGCAACAACAAAAAUAACAACAGCAAAAACAUAAUAAUUAUAAUAUAGCAGUGUUAAAAUAUUGUGAAGGAGCGCGCGAACAGUGUUAAUUUGUGUACGGAGUCACAGCUCUUAACUAACAACACAUGGAAAUCUCUCCACACAUGUUGUGAAACAAGCUGUGUGAAACAGUUUCCUCAUUAUAAGCGCUACAUGUUUCGUCUGCUGCUGGUAUAACAGUAGACAUGUGCAUUUCUUUUUUUAUUUUUUUUUUAAAUUUCGCACAUUUUAACAGGCUUAUUACUACAAGAGCUUUAUGUUUUAAUGAUUGAAUUUUAUUUUGGACACGAUACCGUAGGCAUCACAAAAACAAGACACACAUCAACACACACACACACACACACACACACUCUCAUACAUACAUUAUUUCCUUAAUUUGAGUCAUGUUUGAUAUUUAUAACUAUAUAUAUAUAUACUUUUCGUGUAAUACUACUUAGUUUUCUCCCUGAUGAAAUUAGUCAAGAUAGUGUAAUAAUUGUUAUUAAAAGAGAAGAAACUAAAUAUGUAAUAUAAUACUAAGUUUUAUUUAGCAUUAAAUUAAUUUACCUAAUGUAUUGUUCUUAAUUGCAUAAUUAUAAACUCCAGAUGAAAAAAAAAAAACAAAAAACGAGAAACAAAACCAAAACUAAUUUUAUAACUUAUGCGCUUUAUGGCAUACAUACGUAAAUGCUGCAUAUAUUAUUUUACUGAACAAUUCAAUAGCUACAUAUGAUUUCAAUUCUAACGCUUAGCAUUAUGCAUGCUGACAUACAAACAUAUUCGUAUUUGAAUAAA